AUGUUGGUUCGGCCAGUGUUUUGCUAUUUAUCAUCACUCCAUCCAUAUUCAUGGCAAAUAUUGCAACUCAGCGAAUUCAAAGAGAAUUUAAAGAGGUUGUUAAAAGUGAAGAGGUAGCCAAAUGUAGUAUAAAAGUGGAGUUGGUGAAUGACUCCUACACAGAACUGAAAGGAGAGAUUGCUGGCCCUCCCGAUACACCUUAUGAAGGAGGCAAAUUUAUCCUGGAGAUCAAAAUACCGGAAACCUAUCCAUUUAAUCCCCCAAAGGUGAAAUUUUUGACCAAAAUAUGGCACCCGAACAUAAGUUCUGUGACGGGUGCAAUUUGUCUCGAUAUAUUAAAAGAUCAGUGGGCUGCGGCCAUGACGUUGAGAACUGUGUUACUUUCCCUGCAGGCGUUACUGUCUGCGGCCGAACCCGAUGACCCACAGGAUGCUGUAGUGGCGAGACAAUUCAAAGAAAAUUUAGCUAUCUUUAAACGUACUGCUUCACAUUGGACAAAUAAAUAUGCAGGAGGCCCAAAUCGUGAUGAACAGUAUGAAGAUCGUGUAAUGCAAUUAAAAAGUAUGGGAUUUGAUGAAAAUAAAGCUACAGUUUCCUUGUCAACUUUCAAUUGGGAUGUGGAGCGUGCGACGGAAAACCUGCUAAGCUAAAGACUUGUGUUGAUUAUAGAUUGAUAUAUAAGUUUAGUAUGUAUCACAAGUGACAACGACUAUACACAGGAGGCACUCGUCACAUCAUUGGCGGGAUGACCCUUCAUCUGUGGUGGCCAUUGACACAUAGAGGCACUUCCUGUGUUUAGUGUGAAAGGAAGGAAAAGGAAAAUGUGUUUUAAUUGAAAGCUGUGAUGAAUGAAAGAAUUUGAUUUGAAAGUUUUUGUCUGUUUACAAUACUUAGCUUUUUCUUAAUUUUUUUUUAUUUUUAUUUUUUUUUUUUUUUUUUUAUAAGAAACAGAAAUACACAUGUAAGACUUCUGUGUAGAGAUUCAACAAUACUCAACAGAAAUGUCAGAGGCUGUUGAUGAAUCUGUAGUAGCAUUAGUUUUCAUAUGUAUCAGACAAAAUAUAGAGUUUGGAAUAUUAUUAACUAUGUACUGUUUUAUUGAUGACUAACCUUAAAUUAAUUUCAACACCAGGAGUUGUAGAAGCUGUUUCUCCCUGGGACAGUAUUCUGCCUACCUUUCAUGAUGACAUAUACAAAUUAUGACAAAAUUCCAAAGAUUUUGGUGAGUUCUUGUUGUAGUGUUGAUCAAGAUUUUGUUGAUACCAUUACAUUUACUGUUAGCUUAGUUUAGAUAAAUCAAUUGAGAAACAUGAUGACCAAUAUGAAAAAUUGUUUUCAUUUUCAAAUCUCUGAAUCUUUUUCAGGAAAAAACAAUUAGACUCUAUACCCAAUUUUUUAAGUACAGCUGUCCUCUUACUGUACAAAUUACUUCCCUUCUUAAUUGGAUAUAUCAUUCAUUGAGAUAUAUAUGAAAUGAUAAAUGCAAUAGAUUCUAGGGCUGCUUUCAACACCUGCAGUUAUUACCAACUCCCCAUUUCAGAACAAAAGAUAGAUAAAAAAAGAUGACAGGAACUCAAUCUUUUAAAUUCAAAAACCAGGGCUACAUCUGUUAUCUGGAGUAAUUGUUUCACAAAUGAAUGCAUUAUCCUGGAAGCUAUAUUUCUUGAGAAGGGAAGUAACUCCUACAAUAACACAAAAUUAGAUGCAAGUUGAUGAAUCAUGGUAUUUAGGUACUUGAUCUUAUAACAGAUAUUUUGGAUGCUGUUUUGUUAUUCAUCAGUCGUGAAUAAACUUGCUUACAUACAAAAGUAAAAGCAACUGAUGGAACUCCGAUCAAUCUGAAAGGUUGAAGGUAAAUUAUUUUCAUAAUUGCCUACCAGGGAAACAGUAUUUGUUGUCAAAGAAAUUUCAUCUGUGAGAAUUAAAAACCACCAUCUGAUUAAAAACUACAUCUUAAAUAGUGAUCUUAUUAACUGGAGCAAAAAUAUUGGUUGCAUGAAGAAGAUAUGUAAGUGGAAGUUCAACAGAUCUCAGAUUGAUAUAUGUACUACAAUCAGAAGCAGGCAUAUUGGGGAUAGUAUUAUGAAGACCUACUCUGAUGACAGAGAAAAAAUCCAAAAGUUCCUUGACCUGGGACUGGUGACAUUUCAGUGUCAAGUGAUGUGGAUACUCCUCAUGAAGCUAUGUAAAUUGCUAAACCUUAAAAAUAUAGUGUUGAAGUAAUACCCAAAAUAUGUUGGUUAUGAUUUCCACUAAAACUGAACAUGUGAUCCAUUUGUGAUAUGAUUACACUACAAAAGUGAUGUCUGAUGAUAUUGUUUCAUGUAUUACUAUAGUGGUGAUGUAAUCAGAUUAAAGACAUCCCUUUCUGAGGAGGAAUUUUUCUCUGUAGUAAUAGGAAUAUGUAGAGGAAAUGCUAUGGCAGUGUUACUGUAUAUGCUGGGAAAUAACCUAUACAUUGGAACCUGUUGAGAGUGGACAAAUUAAUUUCAGAACAAAAUUUUAAAAGAUGAAUUGAUAAUUGGUAAAAGCAUUCAAAAACUCACAUGAGUGUAAACUAAGUGGAAGUCAUAAUUUGAUUAUCCUUACACUUCAGUAGUCUGCUGAUAGAUUUCUUAAAUUGAUGACAUCCAGCUUAUUGCUCAUCCAAUGUACAAAAUAUUUAUUAUCAAAACAAUUAUGUACAAACUGUAUCAAUAUGUGUUAUACAUUUAGAUAUAUUUGAAUCUUAUGACUCUAUGGAAGAAAAAAGAAAUAUCACUAUUAAAAUUUAUCAUGAAUUGUUGGAAUAAUUGUGUAAAAAUAACACAAAUGUUAAAGAAGUUUUGAUUUUAUGAGUGCACAAUAUCUUGAUUAAAAAUUCAAUUGCAAAAUAA